UCGCUGUGAUCCUCCUCGGCGCGGCGCGUUUUCCGCUUCUCCGCCGUUUGCGUCAUGACUUCCAGCUAUGCGCAUGUAAUGGACAGGCAGGGCGCCCUCUCGAACCGGCUGGAGAGUCCCAUCACGGCGAACCUGGACAACCUGCAGGCCAAGAAGAACUUCUCUGUCAGCCACCUGCUGGACCUGGAGGAGGCCGGGGAGAUGGUCGGCACCCAGGCCGAUGAGAGCGUCGGAGAGGCCGGGAGGAGCAUGCUGGAGUCGCCGGGGCUGACCAGCGGGAGCGACACGACCCAGCAGGAGAAUGAGCAGAUGAACACGGAGGAGAAGAAGAAGAGGAAGCAGCGCAGGAACCGGACCACCUUCAACAGCAGCCAGCUCCAGGCGCUGGAGCGGGUCUUUGAGAGGACGCACUACCCCGACGCCUUCGUCCGAGAGGACCUGGCCCGCCGGGUCAACCUCACCGAGGCCAGGGUCCAGGUCUGGUUUCAGAACAGAAGAGCCAAGUUUCGCAGGAACGAGCGAGCCAUGCUGGCCAGCAAAAACGCCUCGCUGCUCAAGUCUUACUCAGGAGAAGUCACAGCGGUGGAGCAGCCGAUCGUGCCUCGUCCGGCACCGCGCCCCAACGACUACCUUUCCUGGGGCAGUGCUGCCCCCUACAGCGCCAUGGCCACCUACCCCCCCACCUGCUCCAACACCAACACGUCCCAGGGAAUGAACAUGGCCAACAGCAUCGCCAACCUGCGGCUCAAGGCCAAGGAGUACAGCCUCAACCAGGUGCCCACGGUCAACUGAGGGAGGCGGGGGGCCUUUCAGCCGCCGCGGGGGGGGCACAGCACCACCCUCCUCCUGGAGGGUGAAGCCCUCUCUGCUCUGUGGAGAAGGCCGGGGCCUCCGAGCCGAGGUGACUUUAUGUCCUGAUUAAAGACGUCCUGACGGAUGCUGCAGCCGUCUUCUGUUUUCCACUGAUUGUCCCAUCAGAGACGGAGACUCACACACGACUCUGUGGAACCCCCAGUAUCCUGUUCUUACUCCUUUUUUUAAAAAACGCUGCGGAUAAAGUCAAACAGCGGGAUAAACUCCAAACAAAGACUUUUCUGUCAUUUACUCAUUUUUUUAAAUGUUGUUUUUCCACAUCUCUUUCCAUGUUAUACCACUGAGAAGCCGAUUCAGCGCAUUCUGACCUUCCUGUUAUAUAGUCCAGUAUAAAGUUAUUUCUGAGUCCAAACCAGUAGAUAAUUUCCUAUGAUAUACUUUAUUUGUAACAGAACCUUGUAUAUGAAUAAAAAAGCGUUACAAGCAACCCAAAGCGAGCGCUCCAGCUGGAAGCUUUGUGCCGUUUGUGCAGCACAAAUCAGAUUGAUUUAUUUUUUUUGCAGCUCCUCCAACUUAAAUCGCUCUUCAGACACUGUGAGAAAUAAAGUCUGUUUAUAGCUGGGACCAUUUGGAAAGCAAAGCUGACCGAGCAGCUCACGCACGGCCCAUAAAGGAGAGAUUUACAACCAGAGGACGGAGAAAAACUCUCUGUGAGCCUUUUCUGUCCCAGAUCAGAAGAGCCUGAAGUUUCCACCUUUAAAGGAGAAUAUUUACAAGCAGGGAAGUCCUCUCCUUAAUACGCCGGGCCCCGGGGCCUCCUGCAGCUCCACGGCGACCCCUCCUGACCCUCAGCACAUACCAGCACAUGUCCACGCCGGGCAGUUUCUCCUCCAGAACCGGCUUGGUUCUGGACACGUUUGGCUCCAGCAGAACCUCCGUAGAACCAGAGGACGUGUUGCUGAGACGCCUUUCAGAGCCAGAGAGCUGGAAUCUGAUUGGUUUACGCUCAGCAGAACGUUUGUUCGGGUUCCACGCUUUCUAAAAUGAAAAACUUUUAAUGCAUCUUUGGAUCGACAUGAGAACCUUUGCUCCAGCGUGAGCCUGUUUUCAGAAAGCUGCUCGUCAGCGUACGCCUUAAUUGCUUAAUUGGACUCAUCCUUAGACGGCAGUGCAGAUAAACGUGUUGUUAUGCUUAUUAAUAGAAAAUAUGUUAGCCAUUAAAAUCUGUAGCUUUGUCAGACAAUGAAAACAAUUUAAUCUCAAAAUAAAAAAGAUUUGGCCUCCAGUUUGAGGUUCAGAGGAGAAAAUUA